CUCGGGCGCCCGGCUGACGACAGUGGGGCGCACGUCCAUUACGCCGCCUCUGCUGUCUUCUCGGGAGGCGGCUCCUUCCUCCUUAGCGGCCAGGUGGAUUGCACGGCCUUUGGCGAGACGGGCCCCUUCCCGGCUUGUCUCAAAGAGCCAGCUGAUGGCCACCCCGGGGCCUUCCAGACUGCGUCCCCGGCACCCGGCGCCUAUCCUAAGUCCAUUUCUCCCACGUCCAGCCUCCCAGUAGCCUUCAGCACAUUCGAGUGGAUGAAAGUAAAGAGGAACGCCCCUAAGAAAAGCAAAAUCGCAGAGUAUGGAGCCGCUAGUCCCUCCAGCGCGAUUCGCACGAAUUUCAGCACCAAGCAACUGACAGAACUGGAGAAAGAGUUUCAUUUCAAUAAGUACUUGACUCGAGCCCGACGAAUUGAGAUAGCCAACUGCUUGCAGCUGAAUGACACCCAAGUCAAAAUCUGGUUCCAGAACCGCAGGAUGAAGCAGAAGAAAAGGGAACGCGAAGGGCUUCUGGCUACAGCCACUUCUGUGGCCUCCCUCCAACUUCCCCUCUCGGGUAGGAGCCCCACCAAGUCUGGCAGAAACCCCGGCAGUCCUGCUCAGGCCCAAGACCCUUCCUGAGGUCCAGUCUUGAGGGUGAAGAACCUUGGCCUGCAGAAGUCACCCCUACUCUCUAUAGAUUUAGGAGCUGGGUUUGGCACGGAAGGAGGUGUGAGCAGAAAUGCAUAGGCAUUUCACUUGGAAAGGAGCUACAAUAUAGUUGGCUUCUGAGUUCCAGGUUGGGUGGUAUGUGCAGAUACUGAUUUUGGUAUCUUUUAAGCCAUUUGUUCGCAUUUUAUUUGUGUCUUAUCAGGGAAAGGUGCCCCAUCUGCCAGCCCAGCCCUGCUGCUGUUGCCUAACACAGUCUCGCAAUUCUUGGAUGCAGAGUGGCAGGUCAUUUAGCAGUUCUGUCAACCCUCUGACGUGUUCAGAAGAGCACUUGCCCAGAAGUUUUCUAGUUUUAAUUUAAAGAACAGGCUACAUGUAUUCAGCUUUUUUGAGAUGACCAAAGGUGGUUAGGGUCCCCUUGAUGUAGCUAAGCUGCUUCAUUGAUGAUCUGUUUACACAGUUGCACUCCAAUUUUGUUUUAAAAUGCAGUUUCUACCUCUCCACGUGCCUGAGUGAAGAUACAAUCACUAGUUAGUAGCUGAAUAAAUUCACAGGGUGGGUAAAGAUUAGAACUUGAACUACCCCUAGACAUCAGUUACUCAAACUUGAAUGUAAAUAUAUACAGUAUGUAUAUUUUUUAAAAAGUUUGCUUGCAAGGAACUUAUGUAUGACAUUUAAUGUCAUAGCAUGUAAAGGGUUUGUAAUAAAAUGACAGAAUCUACUCUGCAUUUCCUAUACUUUUCAUCUUUAUUUUUGUUUAAAGUUGAUUCAGCAUUUCUUCUACUUGAAAUUUCUUGAUUCUGCUGUGGGAAUUUGUUUACAUUGAUAACUUUAAAAAAUAACAUUUCUUAGAGGCUGUACACACUUAUAUAGCAAGUUAGGGACAAUUAUAUGAGCAAUUGAAAGGAGAAAACUUUAUCAAAUAUCCUAGUAACUAAGGAAAUGCUCUCCUUACCAUAAGUGCCCUGCUUUUAUGGUGGGUGUGGAGACUACCUAUGACUGAAGGACUAGGGACUCAUGGUGGAAAUGUUGUGAAGUCAAGGGGGUCUACUUGUUCCUCACAAAAGGGAGAGGAAGACUUUUUUUGGUUAAUGUUCUUCGAGGAAGGACACUGCACAUCAAAAAGUUCUCAUUUCCAAAGUCAAGAAUUACAAAGGAGGCUGGGAGAGGCCAGUAAUCUGGGCUUUCCACUUCCUGUUAUUCAGACUGAGCAUCUGGCUUGAGAAGCACAGAGGAUGCUUUUCUCUGUUUAAAAUGAGACAUUUUUUCAAAUUAAUUUCUUGGAAGAAAUACACAGAAUUUAAGUUGGUAAGAGGUAUACAAUUUUUAAGCCUCACAAAAUCUUUCAUCUUAUAUCUACUCAGCUCCCCAUAGGUGAACAGACUUCUAGGUAAUCUCUCAGAAAUACGGGGGGCGGGGAGGGGGGAAGCAAAAGGAAAUUGGUAUUUGAGGCAGUUGUCAGGUUAGGUAAUUUCCAUCACAUUCUUGCUACAUCUUUAAAUUCUCUAUAGUCAACAGAAAGGCUUAAAGUCCCAAUUAAGGCAGAUAAGAACCUCAACUCUUUAAAAUUCGUGGAUUUCAAUGUAGUACUUCAAAUCUAAUAACCAUAGUGAAUUUUCCUAUAGAACAGCAAUGUGAUUGGUUCUCUUAGAAGUUUCAAAUUAACACUUAAGAUCUUAUCCUUUGCACCUACAGUUUAAUGGAGUUGAAAUAAAAUUAGCUCUGACAAACUCAGCUAAUCAGGGAAAAGAGAUCACUUAAAAGUGGGUCUGUAAAUAUUAUUCUUAUGUUUCAUCAUCUGUCCUUUCAAUAACCUGAUGCUAAUUGGACUUUGUUUAAAACAACAGCGCCCCCACCCACCAGCUCUGCAGCACCUCAAGGGUUCCCCUGCAGUGGUCUUUGACAGGACAAUGUUUCCUUUUUGAUAAGCAUUCAAAUGUCCAUGUAAACAAAACAAAAAAUCAACCUGCUUGGUCAUUUCCUUAAUCUACAACCCUUUCUCUGUGAAAAUAAAGCCUUUCCUUUUGAAGCUAGUACUAGCACUUAACAGCCCUGAUGGAUGUCUUCCUUGAUGAAGGUGGCUGUUUUGACAUAUGUAUUAAGCUAUUCUAUGAAUCAGGCCAAUAUUAGCUAUUUUUUGACCAGCCCCAGGGAUCUUUAAAAGCUUUCUUAAUGCAGAUCACUAUACAGCUAUAUUCAUUGUUAGGAAGAGUUCUGGCUGGAGAUCAGGGCACAAGUAGGUGACCUCUGGAAGGCCCUUCCAGCAAUGAGAAUGCUCCUGAAACAAUUUAAUAACUUUUACAUAUUUUAGGCCUAUCAUUAGAAGAGUUUGGUUCUAAGAAAACAUAGUCUCUAGGAUUACAGUGAUACUCUGUUAAUAAAGGAAAAGUAGACUUGAGACAUCAAAUUCAUCAUGUGCAUCAUUUACAGAGCAGUUCCCUCUCCCACUGUGCAGAGCCUUGUGUCAUCUUGUUUCAGAUUUCCACAUAGUAUGAGGUUACUAUGCAAACUAUUAAGCUGCUAAUACAACCCCAUUUCUAUUCUACAAGAUUUCAAACUAAAUAUGCUAAUUCACCCUCCAGUGAUCUGUUACAAGAAUGAAUUCACAGUGGACAGAUCUGGCUGUUGUAUAAUUAACUAUUCAAUGUUCCUUUGUCUUCACAUAAUGACUGUGUGUCUUCUGGAUUCAGGAUAAUUGGGAAUGAGGAAAAAGAAAGCUUUUAAAAACAUAAAAUACCACAACUGGAAUAUUAGCAAAUGAAGGCCUUGCUGAUGUAAAAAUACUAAAUUGUCUAGAUUUUCAAAAGUGUGUGUGUAAUUUAUUCUGCCUCAAACUUAAAUAUGGUGAAGCCCACCAGCAGAAGAGGUUAUGUCUGAUUAUCUUGUCAUCAGAAAAAAGGAAAGCGCUCAGGUGAGUUGCAUUAGCUCUGAAGUUCUUAAUUAUUUCUAAUGGCCAAAGAAAUGCUCUAUAUUUGCUGAAUAUUGAAUUUGAAAACCUCAAGAUCUAAUCAGUUCAGAGAGAUGUUUAGUCUGACCACAGGCCUCUCAAGAAGAAAAAUGACCAUUGUUAAAACUUUAUUUGUGGUUUUAAAGUAAAACCAUGGUGGCCAUAUCUCACAAAUAAUGAUAAAUCUCCAUCUAAAUAGAAAUCAAGAUUUUCAUAGUUCUUACCUUUGGCAAUCAUGUUUCUAAGGAAUGACAAGGCAAUGAGUAUGCAAAAUAGCUCUAUUCAACAUCUUUGUAAUUGCUUGUUAUUUAGAAAUAUAAUUUCAGUAGAAACCAUUUAGCUAAAUUCAGUAAGAAGAGGGAAAAAAAAAUCAAAAGCUGGGUAGGGAUGGAGUGGGUGGGUGUAGUUUAAUGGUGAAGCACUUGUCUAGCUUGCUUACAGUGCUGUGGGUUCCAUCCCUAACGUAAGGAAAUGAAAAUCUUGCUUCAAAAUGU